AUGGCAUUGGUCAAAAGCAUCCUUCUUAUCUCGUCCUCCCUCUCAGUCGAGGCGUGCUUGACGCCUCCAGGUGUCUCGAAGAAAGGGGAGAGAAUCCCGUACACAUCCUUCAAUCUCGACCUCCUGGAGCUGGUCGCAGAGCGCGUAGCACCUUUUAUCACUAGGGCUUUGAUCGUUGUAGUAGCGGUCGCGGAGGCCGUUACUAUAAUCGCAAGCGAGCAUCCUCAUUUGUUCCCGUCGGGUAGGGUCUCCACGCUCAACCGCGGAGCAGCCCUCCCGUCGGCUAUUCCCAACGCACUCUUCAUCACGGGCGCGCUGCUUGCCCUCGCAGGCAGUCAGCUACGCCUGCUUUGCUUUCGCACACUCGGGAAGCAUUUCGUGUUCAACGUCGCCUUGAAGAAGAACCAUCGUCUCAUCACGUCUGGUCCCUAUUCCAUCGUUCGACAUCCAAGCUGUUAG